AAAACACCCAUCACCACCCUCCAUUGUCUUUUCUCUCUCUAAAGAGAUGAGUGCAGCCAACAAUGGAACCGGGCCAUGCGGAGCCUGUAAGUUCCUCAGGCGAAAAUGCGUGAAAGGGUGCGUGUUCGCGCCGUAUUUCGACUCGGACCAAGGCACGGCUCACUUCGCGGCGGUGCACAAGGUGUUUGGCGCCAGCAAUGCUGCCAAGUUGCUGCAGGGAACGCCGGUUCACAAGCGUGUGGACGCCGUGUUCACGCUUUGUUACGAGGCUUUAGCUAGGGUUAGAGACCCUGUUUAUGGCUGUGCUGGCCAUAUAUUCACCCUCCAACAACAGGUAGUGAAUUUACAGGCAGAGUUAGCCUACAUUCAGGCCCGACUUUCGACGUUGCAGUGUCUCUCUCUAGUGCUGCCGCAGUCGCAGGCUGAAUGCCGAUCGACGACCACGUUUCAUUCCGCGUCGGAAUUAGGAUCUGACUUGGCAUGUUCUUCUGAUACAUCCAUGAACGUGUUUGAUCUGCCACAACCGCAACAGACUUCAAUCGAACUCGCGGGUUCUCCAAAUCCUUUCAAUCGGGUAACGGAAGACGAAGACCUUCAAGCUUUAGCCCGGGAAUUCGUCUCCCAAUGUCACCCCGGUGUACGAUUCCGGCCUUCCACUUCUGGCUAA